AUGCUCCAUCCAAGAUUGCGGAGCUUGGCACUGCUGACACGGACACUACGGCGCUCUGCAAGAGCCCAUACAACUCGUGACUACCUACUCAUAUCCUCUGUCACUGUCACUGCCAAUUUUUUGCAUCGAAACGCUUCGUUCGUGCCCCAGAACGGCGUAAAUGAUCCACAGAAGUCCAAGAACACGCCGUCUUUUGCUAUUGCUGCAGCUUUUGAAGGUCACGAUGAUCUAGAGGAUGAUGAAAUGUCUGAUGAUUUGUACGGAAGUGAUAAGAACGUGGAGGAAAUGGAGGAAGAUCGUGCACGUGCUUUCAAGAAGCAGUUCCAACGUGGAAUGGAGAAAAAGAAACGCUGGAUGCAGUCACUUGCAGAGCAAAAGCUCUACGCAAGUGUCGUCAAAAGCGUAGCUGACUGUUAUGCACCAUUGUAUGAGGCUAUGAGGCUGAAGGAGAAAUGUCCGCUGCUGGCGGUUGUCAGGGAAGAGGCCAAAGGAGAACACGAGCUUGAAACGGAGUAUCAGCCGCUACGCUUCGACGACAGGUUGACCAAAGUUACAGAACAAGAAGCAAUGGCGCUACUCGUCAUGGCUGAACAGCCGAUGCUAGCACUAGCGAUUGUAGAACAUCGUGGCAAGCUCGCUGAAGAGCUUUCAAGGCGUGCAAAGGCAGGAACAGGUGUGGUGCUGGAAGGGACGAACGUCAUGGAGGACGAGAACGUCGUGACGCUGGGCAGCCAUUUCCGUAUGUUUUACUCGUGGGCAAUGAGUGCCUACGCAUUGUGUGGUCCAAAAUAUUACCCACAAAUUUUUGACAUCUACAAACGCUCGCAGGACGCAGGUGUGUACGCGUCGGCAAACAUGAACGUCCAGUACAUUUCGGCGCUAAUCGUAGAGAGACGAUACGACGAAGUGUUUGAGUUUUAUGAGUUUGUAAUUCGCGAGAACCGGCCCACGUCAGUAUUUUUCUACAGGCAUCUACUGUUUGCACUGUCUGUGACGCGCAAAGUCGAGCUUUUGGAUUCGAUUCUGGAAGAUAUGCGUGUCAAGGGUUUCAAGCUGCGUGAUGAUGACUACCUGCGUGCCAUCCGUACGUAUGAUAACGAGUACUUUUUUACCAAGACGAAACCGAAAAAUAAGCGUCAGUCAAAUGAACGAAACCACAGCAAGAUUAUGACGAAGGACUCUGAUUUUGUGCUCGUGACACCUCGAGAUACGUACAACAUGUGUGUACAACGGAUUCGUGAACAGGAGGAACACCCAGAACGCGUUGAUAAGAUCGUUGAUGCUGCACAGAACGUGCUGGGUCUGUUUGAUACAAUGGUGGAGAUUGAUGGACUUACCCCGCGACAUGAGCAAUUGUUUCCACGUGUGAUUACAGCAGCUGUGUACGCUCAGGAAUGUGAGCGCGUUCCAGAACUACUAGCCUUACAUGGCAAUCAUGCUGACAAACCUCUCCACUAUGCUGGAGUUCGCAUGGCUGUGAACGCUUUAUUGCUCCUGGAAAAACCCGCAGAGGCGUGGGGUCUCAUUCGCAAGGCAAACCCAGUCCUUGAGCCUCAUCGCUAUCCGCUUCUGGGAAAUAUUUUCAACUAUCUGUGCAUGAAAAAGCGCGGCGCAGACAUCAUCUCAUUGAUGCAUGAUGCAAAAAGGCUAGGCUUGCACCGUGUAUACACGCUUUCUUUGCUCAAAAAAUUAGUACCUGCGCUUUGUUCCAGCGUCGACAGCGUCAGCGACGAGGAAUUGAUAGAGACUAUGACACGUUUUGACAAUGUAUUCCACCUCCGUACCAGUGCACACCAUUUUGGUGUGUUCCUCCGUGAAUGCUGCCACAGCAAACGCGUGGGAGUGAUCAAAACUGCUCUCAAACAGGGGUUGCUCACUUCCGUGAACAAACGACCGAUCAAAGGCUCCCUUGCUAAGAAGCUUCUUGAAAUAUUUGAAGAGGAGUCUGACUAUGCAUUCAUGACCGAGGUGUUCGAGCUUACCGACUUUUCUCGCGUAAAUAGUGAAAAUGAUCGCAAGGCCAUCGUGAGCGCUGUUUCGCGUGCCUACGAAGCUCUUGGCCAACCUGAACGCAUGGAACGCGCAGAAUACGUGAGUGGAUACUUUUCCGAGCAAGUCAAAGCCAGUGAUAAUUAA